AUGAGGCUCUCCUUGCGACCACGCAGUGGCUGUCUGCUGAUAUGUCUCUGUGUCUCGGUCGGCACCCUACUGCUACAGAGCCUUUGGGUGCCUGGAGAGGAGAGUGAGGUCACACCAGCCGGAAGAUCACCUGAGGAGCAAGGUGAAGAAGGGCGCUUUCAAGAACUGGCCCUCCGCCUAGAGGCCCUCAGUGCCCAGCUCCAGAGGCUGUCCCAGGAGAGGGACGCUCCCAGCACAGACCCACAGCACCUUCACCUCCUCGUGCAGAGUCUCAGGCAGGACCAGCAGGGUCUGGUUCAGUCCGUUGAGGAACAGCUGAAGAGAAUCUCCCAGAAGAUUGACCAGCUCAGCCUUCAACAUCGUCUUCAUCAGGAGGAAGAGCCUCCCCCAGGCCCGCUGGAGUCCUGCAGCGUGACCCUUGACCCCAGAUACCCGGCCUGCUCGGAGAAGGUGGAGUUCUUGCGGGUCCGGUGGCAGUUGGACCCGUGCUACGCCUUCUACGGCGUGGACGGUACGACCUGCUCCAUCCUGACCUACCUGAGCCAGGUGGAGGACUUCUGCCCCCUCCGCCUGGGUAGAAACCAGUCCGUGUUGCCGUGGCAACACACCGGACGGUCCAAAACAGAGAAGGCAGAAAUCAGGACGACCCUGAGCUCGUUGUAUGAGGAGAUCGGCAGCAGCAGGGGUCCUGCGCUGGGGUUUGUCCGCUCUAGGGUUGAGCAGAUGUCCCGGGAGUGGAUCCAAGCUGGUCUGAGGAUGAAACAGAGCAGCAACAACACCGCCUCACCCCAGAUGAAGGUGCUGCUGUACCCGGGGGUGCUGGCUGGCCCAGCAGGCCAGCGGUUUGGCUCCAUGGUGGAGAGGGGGGGUCCGCUGGGGGAGCUGGUCCAGUGGGCCGACCUCAGCGCCUGUCUGACCAUCUUGGGACACAACCUGACCCUCAGCACCUCUCGAGACCACCUGCACAGCCUGAUAGGUGCAGCCCCGGGUGGAGGAAGCUGUCCAAUCCAGCGACCUUUGCCCUUUGACCUCAUCUACACCGACUACCACGGCCUUGCCCACCUGCAGGGAGCCAUGGGCCUGACGUUUCAGCACUACCAAUGUCGCUUCAGAAUCCUGGACUCGUUUGGAACAGAACCAGCGUUCAACAUGGGCAGUUACGCCCGUAGCCAUGGUUACAGAACAUUAUGGGGUAGUUGGGGGCUCCAACCGCUGCAGUACAUGACCAUGUUUCCUCACACGCCCGACAACUCCCUCAUGGGGUUCGCCGUCAGACAGGGAGUGAGGACGGAGGGCAGGAAGCACAACGUGGCAGUCGUUUACGGCAAACAGCAGUAUAUGUGGCAGGGUAUGGCUGACUACAUCCAGGUGCUCAGCAGUGAGAUGGAGGUCCACGCUACCGUCUACCAGCCCCCCGGGGGGUCCGCCCCCCUCCCCCCCAACGUCACCAACCACGGCCUGCUGGCCCAGGACCACUUCCACCGUCUGCUGCACAGAGCCAAGGUGUUUGUGGGCCUGGGCUUCCCCUACGAGGGCCCGGCCCCGAUAGAGGCCCUGGCUCUGGGCUGUGUGUUCCUUCAGCCCAGCCUGACACCCCCCAACUCCAGCUCCUUCUACCGGGGCAAGCCCACCACCAGGGAGGUGUCCUCCCAGCACCCUUAUGCCGAACACUUUGUGGGGAAGCCAUACGUUUGGACAGUGGAUGCCAGUAACCUGACUGCCGUACGGCAAGCCAUCAGGGACAUUAAGCUCACACAGGUGAAGCCCUUCACCCCCAGAGAGUUCACCUGUGCUGGGAUGCUAGAGAGGCUGCAGGCCUACAUCACCCACCAGGACUUCUGCACCCCGUCCUCCCCUACCUGGCCACCGGAGGGCGCCCUGCGGACCCACCUGGGCCCGCUCAGCCUCUCCUGUGUGAGUGUGUGUCGACGGUCUGGUCUAGUGUGUGAGCCUGCACUGUUUCACCACCUCAACAACCCCCAGACCUUCAGCAGGCUGGGGCUGAGCUGCUCUGCGAGGGAACAGGAAGUGAACCACCUGUUUCCUGCCUACAGCCCGUGGGGGCGGCGCUGCGGUCUGCAGGCCGAGCCCCUGCUGUUCAGCUGCGCCGGGUCAGACCCCCAGCUCCGCAGACUGUGUCCCUGCCGGACUCACCUGCCCGGACAGGUGGCACUGUCUCCCCACGGCCUCUAGGGGGCGGUGUGAGCACACAGAACACCAAAGAGAGCAGCAGGGCGAUCAGGGUGGAUUGCGGGUGUAUUCAGGACAUGUUUUCCCGUUUAGUCCCAGUUUACUGUAAACUUUUUGUUUUGGAUGGAAUGCUUGCAUGUAGGAGCGGAAAUCUAAAUAUGUGUAUAUCAGGAUGUCUACAUAUGGACUGCUUUAAUCUUUUUUAUAUUUAGACCAAUAUGUGUUGGAUAUAUAGAUGUGA